GAAGAAGUCCGCUACAGCUGCUGAUGAUGGUGACACAGAAGACGAUGAGGAUGAAGAUGAAGAAGACAGUGAGGAGGAAGAUGAAGAAGAAGAAGAAGAGGAAGAUAGAGAAGAUCAAGAUAAUUAUAAAGGUUCAACAAAGAAAAAGGAUGCAAAAGUGGCCAUGAGAAAGAAAGAUAGUGACUUAGAAGUUACUCAAUCGACUCACCGUUUUGUGGCCGUCCAAGAGUUUGAAGGAGAACAAGACGGGGACCUGAGUUUCAAGGAAGGUGAUGUGUUAACGGUCAUUGACACCAGAGAGGACGGAUGGUGGACAGCUGAAAAUGAUAAAGGUGGAAGAGGACUGGUGCCCUCAACUUUUUUGAAGGUAG